AAAAAAAAAAGCAAAAAAGAAAAGAAAAGAAAAGAAAAGAACUUCUAGCAAAGCAAAAGGUUUUGGAGGUUGAAAAUGGCGGACGAUUAUACCGAUGAACUCGAUUCCUUGUUCGAUUACAAAAGAGUUCAACCAAAUAUCGUCUUAUGUUUAGACAAUGAUGAGUUAGAUGUCAUUCCGGCGUCCUCUCCGAAAAGGAGGAAGGUUGCUGGUUCAAAGGUUGAAAAGGUGGAUAAAAAUGAGAAAUCAAUUUACGUGCUUGAUUGUGAAGUGGAAGAUAAGGAAAAUGAGGAUUGGCUACCUUCUCCACCAAAAGUUUCAUGUCAGGCUACGGUCCUUGCUGAAAAUUCAACUAUUAAAGAGUUGAGGUUAAUGAAGCAGGAGCUGUUAUCUUGUGCACUAUCAGCGGAGGAUGUCUUGCGAUCCAUGGAAGAGUCUGUGAAAGAAGGUGGUAAAUCAUUGCAGUCUUCUUUGGAUGCCGUUGCAGACCAACCUUCAAGACCUCAUAAUGAAAGAGCUAAGAUAGUUAUUUCUGUUCAGGACAAGGAUGGGCUCAAGCAAUUUCGCAUAUACAUGGAUGACAAGUUUGAGCGGCUCUUUCAAUUGUAUGCGGAGAAAGCUAAGCAUGACCUACGGAGUCUGAUAUUUUGCUUUGAUGGUGAGAAAAUAGGAGCAGAAGCAACCCCUAAUGCUCUUGGAAUGGAAGAUAAUGACAUUAUUGAAGUGCAUGUUAAGUCAAGCUGAUGAGACUAUUUAUGUACGCUGCCUGAUGACAGUGCAGCCUCGGACCAACAAUUGGAGGCCAUGUUGUUAACGGCAAUUGAGGGUUUUAGAAGGAAGGACGUUGGGCUUUAUAAAGAACCAUUGGGCCGUGUUUCUCAUGUGUUCAAUGUGUUGAAAAUUCAAGAAUGUCCAGCCCAAGAAGGAGAUCAAAUUUGUACAGCUUUAGGACGAGAUUAAUUUGGCAAGUUUCCAGAUUGGUUUGGCACACAAGUCAAGGAUUUUAGUUUCCCUUUUUGUUUUGAUUUGUUUCCUGAUUUAAUUUCCUUGGAGACUAAGUUAGUAGCUGUUUCCUAUUUUAUAGUUUCCUGUUUUGUUUUGUGUUCACAUCAGCUAAGGGAUGAAUGGCCUUUAUGCCCUUUUAGUUUCUUUUGCAUUUUUAUUGUAACCUUAGCCCUAUAAAAGGCUUCUUACACGCCAUAAUGAAAACAGAGUGAGUUUUUGUUUUGCCA